AUGGACCCACGAAUGCCGACGCCGAACUUUCAUGAUUUCAAGGACCACCACGAACGCCAUUCCGAACGCGUCCAUAUGAUGCCCAGCCACUCAUAUUCAUCGCGCGGCCCAUUACCCAUACCUUCUCGGCCCAUCAUGCACACCGCUCCGCCACCGUUACCUCCGCCGCCGCGUAUUCGUGAUCUUGAAAAUGGUUACGAUGCGGGUUGGUUAUAUGCGAAUUCAAGUCGCUCAACGACGAGUCUUCCCCCGAUCAACCCGAGUUCGAGUCUUUUUGGUGGUCACCGACGACCCGAUUCUGCGCCGCUGAGUGAUCGUAUGGCGGUGGAUGAAUUAGAAGGACGACAAAAUGGAUUGCCGCUUUCGCGCAGCCCAGAGGCACAGAUUAAAGUUGAACCGCCACCUCCUACAGAAGAGGGGUUCCCAAACUCCAUGUCUGUCAAUACGACGGGUUCUAUUCUAAAGGGCGAGCAAAACUUUUCGCUGCGCAGUGUCAAAGACUCGUCCAAUGCAUACGAUCAACAUGUACUUUCGAAGAUUGGAAACUCACUUUCACCACGCAACUCGAUCAGCCAAGGAUCUGAUCACCGAGGCUCAAUUUCGGCACUAACAGUCCCAUCAAUUCCGUCUCGCGCAUCCAGUAACUUGCCAUCCCCGGGACCGUCAGAAGCAGGCUCGACCCUGGAUGUGAAAUGGUAUAGCAGCCCUCAAUCUGGUGGUGUGUCCCCCAGGAGCAAAGCUGGAUGGAGGGAGUACAUUGAAGGGCGCAGUCCGAGCGUGGAAAGUAAUGCACCUUACUCGGCGGUGGAAUACGAUAUGCGAGAUAUGGGUCGACGACGAUAUCGCGGAACGACACCUUCCAGGGAGGACAGCAUCAGUCUACCCAGCCGUUCCAAUCGCGGGAGCUACGAUCAAGGCGUUUUCUCCGACAUUGACGGUGAAUUUUCUACCGAUGACCCUGCUCCGCCUCGCCAGUUUAUCCUCCGGGAACCCACGCCGCCAUAUCCCGAGGGUUCAAGGCAGGGCAUGAAACGACGAGCAUCUUCACCACCACGAGAGCCGAUAAGUGACGAUAGGCAUACCUUGCAUCAAGCAACGAGCAGUGGUGAUCUGUCGCAACGGCGGACGGGUGGACAGCCCUUCACGAAUACACUUUCGGUGAACCCGAGCUAUGCCUCGAGCCAUAGGACUCUUUCCGCAGCAUCCUCGCUAAGCAUUCGAACUUCCGGAUCGUAUUCAUCUGCCCUUUCAAUCGGUGGCAGCAGCAUGACCAGUCUUUCUCCGUACGACCGGCCAUCUCCGGGAGGCCUCUCGCCGUGCUCUGAUUUGGAUACGUUCCACGAUAAGUCGAUUCUGAAUUCGAGCUCUCCUGCGUCGUUGAUGCAGUCACUUCCAAGGCCUAUGGCGGGGUCAAAUACCCUAGAACCGCCUGCUACUGAUGCUACAGGCAAGGUGUCCAUGCCAAGUAUUCUAAGUGUGCCCAAGACUUCUUCCACAUCAAAAAUGGGCGGACUUUAUAUCUGUGAUUGUUGUCCAAAGAAGCCGAAGAAAUUUGACAAUCCAGAUGAUCUCCGCUCUCAUGAAAUGGAAAAGCAAUACUCUUGUCAAUACUGCAACAAUCGCUUCAAGAACAAGAACGAAGCAGAGCGACACCAAAAUUCUCUACAUCUCCGUCGCCACUCCUGGUCCUGUGCCGCCCUCCCAAGCUUCCAAGCCGCCUUCCACGGCUCCGCCUCUCCAUCCUGCCAGACCAACGCCGGCCCCUCUCACGACUCUUGUGGUUACUGUGGUGAAGAAUUCCCCAAUUACCCUCGCCCAGAUUGGGACCGCCGAUUCGAGCACCUUACGACCGUGCACAAGUUCGGCGAGUGCAACAACGCGAAGAAGUUCUUCCGCGCGGACCACUUCCGCCAGCAUCUCAAGCACAGCCAUGCUGGAAGUAGCGGCAAGUGGACUAAUAUCCUUGAAAAUGCCUGCAUGAAGGAAGAGCAGCCGCCCGAGCCUAGGGAUAAGUCUGGGGGUGUAUCUGGGCUGCAAGGCUCAGGAUCGCUGACCUCAAAUACCAUUGAUGAGGUCCUCACUGAGCAGUGA